ACCCCUAAUAACAACGAAUAAGUAACUCACGGUUCAGCACAUCCAACUAAGCUAACCAAGAAAGGCCGUCGGCUUUCUUCAAUCUGCGACUGCGAGCAAGCCAGAACCAGAAUCUCGCAACUUUGGUUUGCGGUUCCCAGCUUCCCUCUCGUCUCCUGCCCCCUGCCUGAGUUUUGCCGUCGGUAGUCAUUUGAAGGGGCCUCUAAUUCUCUGGCAAUGGGGAAGGACUCCAAAGCAAAAGAUGCAGGAGGUAAAGGCAAAGGAAAGCAGGCAGCUGGCGGGAGUGACGAAAAUGCUUCGAAGGGGAAGGGAAAAAGUGGAAAGGCUGAUGGACUUGGCACAUGCACUUAUGUGAAAGUUUUUUUUGUGCUUAUUAGCUUUAUGCUAUUCAUCUGUGCAAGGCAUAUCUUAUGUGAGAAGCAAGGUAAGAUUAAUGAAGCAUACAAGAAGCUACAAGAUGGUUGGCUAAGCAAUGGAGACAAAGUCCCUCCUGCUGAGUUUGCAAAGUUAGCAGCAGAGUAUUCAGAAUGUCCUUCAGGGAAGAAGGGUGGAGACCUUGGAUGGUUUCCUCGUGGCAAGAUGGCCGGUCCUUUCCAAGAGGUCGCUUUCAACACCCCUGUUGGAGCUACCAGCGCACCGUUUAAGUCAACACAUGGGUAUCACGUAAUCCUAGCUGAAGGCAGAAAGAAUUGAUGGAAAUGGUCGUCAAAUGGGGCAGUGGUUAUGAGUGUUAAUGUAUCGAUUGUUUCUAGUCCUUUUCCCAGUGAGAAUUUGAAUUUUAGCAGCUAUGCCUUUUCCAUUCCUCCAUUUACUUUAUCACUAUGGAACAAUUGAGUGAAUGUUCAUACAUAAUCUCAUUGUCGUCGUCAUGACUAGGAGUGAAAUUGCCUGAAUGGCACGCAUAGAUGUUACAAGAACAGCUGAAGCCGGAAGAUCUCUUCCCAUUUAAUAAGGAGGAGGUGAAAGUGAAACUGCUUUAUAUUUCUAUUUUAUCAAUUUGGUCCGUAUGAACUGCUGAACUGAUGCAUAAUUGAGGGGAGGGACAAAUAUAGUGACUUUAUGUCUAAUUUUUCUAUAUAUAUGGGGUUGUUUGGAUUGA